GAUGAGCAAGAUAGAGUAAGGGAUUGGAUUGUGGUCGCAACUUGCCAGUCUUAUUUAGGUAAAUCACAUUUCUCUCUUGCUAUAUAUUAUUCUCAAAUCUUAGAUCUGCUACAUAACUUCAUGUAUUUGUAGACUUUUAGCAUGCUUUUGAUAUUUUAAACAAGUCAUAUGUACACUAGGACUUUUGGCAUGCUUUUGAUAUUUUCAACAAGUCACGUACACUAGGGAGAUUAUAAUCAUGAAUUUACAUGAAAAUAUCUGAGUGAUGAAAAUGAGUUUUGAAUGGAUGGAAGAAUCCGAAGAAUCCAAUCGAAAAUUCACCUCUGUUGCAAUUCUAGACUCUUUCUCCACGGAUCUUCUCAUAAUAGUCCCACCACUGAUGGAGAAAAUACAACAGUAUGCAAAUUCCCAAAAAGCAUUGAGCAAAUUAUUGAAUGAUAUUCAGGAAAAUACAAAGAAAAAUCCUAGAAAGUACGAGUCGAAAGAGCUUUUGACUCAAAUUUGCAGUGUGGAGGAUAGCAUUGACUCCAUCAUUGCUAGAAAAAUGCUGCAGAGGCAAAAAAUCUCCAUCGAGAAGGUUCCUGUCAAAUAUUUUGUAAUUGCAAAGAGCAUAUUUCGUGACAAGUUGCACAAGCAAGCUAAGGAACUAGAAGAAUGUUUCUUGUCUCUGCAAGUUUCAGACGAGAAGUUACGAGGCAACUUAGAUGCUGCAGAGGUUCCAGCAAAGGAGCCCUCUGGUAACACGGUUCCUCAAAAGAAUUCAUUUAAAGGAGAUGCAGUUUUUCAAAAAGGACAAAGUAUUUCAGAGGGCAGUCAAGUCUUGUCAGGAAACAAAGAUGUUGGGAGGGACAGCAGUGUAUUGAAUGAUUCAGAUGAAAGCCAUCAUCAGCGUUGGGAGGAAGGGUCUGUCCCAGUUGUCUUGGAGGAGUUAGUAAGUAAGUUAGCUCCACCAGAACUCCUUAGUAGGCGGAUGAGGCAACUUCACAUUCUGAAAGCCAACUUGGAAUACCCGAGUGAUGCAAUUUUAUUGUGGGCUUCCUACCAUUCUCACGAUACUAAACAACAUUUUCAGUUUCGCUGUUGGGUUGUUGUUUCUAAAGAAUCAGGAGAAAGUGAUAUUUUGAAACAAAUUAGUCCUAAUAAGCAGGAAGCAUCCGAGCUGUCAAAUCAGUUAUUGACGAAGCGGCUUCAUGAUUUCUUAGUUUUUAAAAGCCGAGUGCUUCUCAUCUCUAAAGGAAUCACUUCAACCAAUUUUUCAAAGGAAAGGUCGCACCAACAGCUUGAGAAGUCUAAAGAUUAUUUGCUGGAGGAAUCUAGAAUUCUUGGCAUGAAGGAUAUUACAACGGAGUUAUCCCAGUCAAUCUUAAAUCAGUAUAAAUUGUUGUUUCUCAUUUCCAUUGUUGGGGUGGCACAAUCAGAGAACACAACUUUCUUGUGGGCCAUGUACAAUGCAGAGGAUGUUAAGCAGUUAUUCCAAUACCGUGCCUGGGUUCAUGUUCCAAAGGAGUUCAAAGAAAAAGAUCUUCAAGAUCUUCUAGCUCAUAUUUUGGAACAAGUUACAGAUAACAAAGUAGAAGAAGAAAACCGGGACCCGGUGACACUACAAAAGAAGCUUUGCAAUUUCCUUGCUCCGAAGAGGUACCUUAUAGUUUUAUAUGAUGCUUGGACGACUGAUGUUUGGGACAAGCUCAAACAAGCCCUUCCCAACUCCAUGAAUGGUAGCCGGGUGAUUCUAACUGUCCAUGAGGCUAAUGCGGCUUGUCAAACCAAUUCUUCUUGGAUCUUUGGAACAGUUUGUGGAAAAGAGUUGCUGGAUGAAAAGGUUUCAAAACCAAGAGUUAAACAUAGGUGGGGAAGACUUUCUGAUAUUAAGGCCAAUGAGUCGGGCUUUUUUGGACUGGAUGAUAAAGUGAAGGAAUUAGCUGAACUGCUACUUGACAGUUAUGAAUUUCUCAUCUCAGUGGUGGGUUUGGCAGGCUCUGGCAAGACGAUGCUUGUGAAGGCAAUUUACAAUAGUUUAGCAAUUAAGCAGCAUUUUGACUGUAGAGCUUUUGUUUCUGUUUCUCAAGUAUUUGAGGCGAGAAAACUCUUGGCAGACUUAUGUAUGCAGCUGGGAAUGGUGCGGAAGGAUGAAAGCUGGUCCAAAGAGGAAUUGCAAAAAAGACUUCGAAUUUUCUUGGCUUGGAAGAGAUACCUAAUAGUUUUAGAUGAUGUCCAUACAGCUUAUGAUUGGGAAACACUCAGUCUUGCCUUUCCAAAUUCAGCAAAUGGGAGCAGGGUGAUACUGACAACUCGUGAAGCCAGUGUGGCACGCCAUAUUAAUCUGCAUAACAGAGUUAUCCAACUACGUUUACUAAACGAUGAUGAAAGUUGGGAAUUGUUUACAAAGAAGGUACAGGUACCAGAAGUCCUAAAAAAUGAAGAAUUGAAAGCUCUCAGAAAAAGGAUUUUGCAAGGAUGUGGUGGCCUGCCUCUUAAUAUAGUUGUACUUGGAGGUUUGCUGUCUACCAAAGAUCCAAACUUCGAGGCAUGGUCUAAAGUCAUUGAGCAAGUCAAUCAAAAGAAAGAAAGCAAAAAGAAGGCAACUGAUGAAGAUGGAUCGAGUUCCUCAAGGCAACAGGCUUCCUCAUAUAUGAAGCAAGAAAAUGGACAGAAUUUUAUAACAGAUCAAUCAAAUUCUUCCACUCAACAUGGCUCAUUAGAUACCAAGCUAGAAGACAAAGUUGGUAAGGAGGAGAUUGAGGAAACAGGUCCCAGAGAAGCUAAACCAAUGCAAGAAGAAGGAAAGGUGAAGCAUGGAGCAACCAAUGAAGAACAGGAACGUUUCUUAAAUGAAUUGGCUUCAUCAGAAACUAAGCAAAAAAAAGAUAAACAGCAUGAUCAAUUAGGUUCCUCGGAUGGACCCUUAAGUAUCUUGGCUUUAGGCUACAAGGACCUAGAACCUCAUUUAAAGUUCUGCCUUAAAUAUUUAGGCCUCUUUCCCAGAUCAUGCAAUGUUCCUUUUAGGAGGUUGUUUCAACUACUACAAGCCGAGGGAUUGGUGAAACAAGAAGCAAAGAAAGAAGAUUCUGAAAGUUUUGAAGAGAAAGUGAAGAAAUACAUUGAAGACUUGAAAAAAAGAACAUUCAUUGAAGUGGGAGAAAGAAAGUUCAAUGGGAGCCCCAAAACUGUUCGUAUGCAAGAUACUCUGUAUGAUGAAUUAUCUCGAGGAACAGAGACAGGUGGAUUGUUUCACAAUCAGUUCAACCAGGAUGAGAAAGAAACCUCCAAACAACCUGAGUUCAUUCGAAGGUUUGCAGAACACCAAGAGAUCCACUAUAACAGUCUUCCAAAAUGCAGCUUUCAGCUACGUUCUUACAUUUCUUUCAAAACGGAAAGAGGUGAUCAACCUGCAUCUGGAGUAGAUAAACUUCUUAAGAAGAUUGUUAGGGGAGGUUUUGGAUUAAUUGUCAUACUUGAUUUAGAAGGAGUCUACAAACCAGUGCUAUCUAAACAUCUAGGCAAAUUUCCAAGCCUCAAGUAUUUGGGUUUAAGAUGGACUUUUUUGGAUUUAAUUCCUGAUUCAGUUGGUGACUUGCCUUGCCUUGAGACUUUGGAUGUGAAGCAUACUAAUAUCAGCACUUUACCUGGUGAGUUCUGGAAAGCAAAGUAUCUUCAACAUCUUUACAUGAACAAUAUUUGUGUUGAUACAUCUAUUCCAAAGGCCUUUCGGACACAUGGAUCAUUAACCAAGCUUAAGACUUUAUCUGGUCUGGUGAUCCGCAAUGAGAAGUCUGUAGAUUAUUUGAAGGCGGCGGAUGGUAUUAGAAAACUGGGAGUAACAUGCCAUGGAAAAUCAAUUGAAAAGAUAGUUGAGUGGAUUUCUAUGUUGACCCAACUUCAAUCUUUGAAAUUAAGGUUGAUAGACAAAAGCCGCAAGCUACCUUCAUUGAAAUUAGGGGACCUAGGCGAUCAAGAUAAGCUAUCACAGUUGUAUUUGUUUGGGAAAAUAGAACUUCCAGAGCAAUAUGAUUCUGGCACAUUUCUCCCAAAUCUACAGAUCCUUACUUUGGUGGUGUCAGAACUGUCGGACGACCCUAUGGAAAAACUAGGACAGCUGGAGAACCUGAAGGUCCUUAGGCUGCACGGCCGUUCCUACAAGGGGAAAACAAUGAAAUGUAGUCGUGGCAGUUUCCUAAAGCUUGAAGUCUUAAAAUUGUGGAUGCUUGAGGAGCUCGAGAAAUGGGAAGUGGAGAAGGGAGCCAUGCCCGCCGUAGAAGAAGUUGAGAUCAGAUUCUGUAAGAAACUCAAUAAUAUUGAUGGAUUGAAGGAGUUGACCACUUUGAAGGACUUGCUUUUGACAAAUAUGGAGCAAGAAUUUGUGAAGGAGCUUAAAGAAAGCCUAGGCAUGAUAGUCAGGGAAGAGAGCUUGAAGUUUUCUUCUACCUGGGAAAAGAAUGCACAAGGAAUCGAAAAGAGCAUGGCAUCUACAAGUGGAAAUCAAGCUCUUGGAGUGAUCUCUGGGUUUCAGUAGGGUUGAGAGUAUCAUCAUAAUGACUUUACGCUGGUGUCAAGUCAAAGCAAGCAGCUCGCCAUGCAUUGGUCUUAUUUCUUUCUCUAUAUAUCCAGUGUGAUAUGGAUUUGGCUUAAAAAAACCUUGUGGUACGAAAUUUAUUAGCACAUGCUUUUCAUUUUUCUUGUAUCGUGCUAGAAUAAUCAUAGUUAAACUCAAUUUUUAGGAAGAAUAUACUGUAGUAAUUAAUUAUGGUCUUGUCCUAAAAUUUGCUUUCAUGUAUCAUUUACUCAUUGAGUUAUGGCCAAGUCUCUGUCCAUUUAAUGCUGAACUAUGCAUAGAAGCAAUGGAGCUUGUAGAACCACAAUUUCAGUCCUUUA